UUGUGGUAUUACUCUAUCAUGCAAAAUCUACCAACUACUGCUACUUACGAACUUUGUCGUUUGCAGGCAACGUUAAAGAGGUAUCCAAAGUGGGCAGUGAAAAUUCUAUUGAAGCAGAAAAUAUCAGAACCAGACGCCCUUCCAUUAUUCUAAUUAUCACCACCAUUGCCAUUGGUGGGUCCAUUUUAAUUCUCCCGCUUUUGAAAAUCUCCAGGCAAAGACACACCUCUAAUUUGUAUAUUUUGAAUCAUCGGCUACUAGGGACCACCAUUCCCAUCAUCUGCAAUUUCUAUGCACUUUAUCCCCUACUUUUUCCCGGAAAAUUUUCUUGCCCUUUACCAUUCACGCUUAACUACUUGGUACUAACAAUUUAUUUUGUUGGCGAAAAGAGCAGACCCUUCAUCUGGAACUAGGGUUUCCAUUUUCUUCUGUCCUGUUUUCUUUUUUUUUUUUUCUCUUUUAAUCUUUGCAAACAAAGCUCUAUCUGGCUUCUUGGUGACAAUGGUGAUGAAGAAGCUUUGUUUCUGUGAGUGGAUUCUACUAUGUCAUCUGCUGCUGGCAACUAUUGUUUGUUCCAAGCACCAUGGAAACCCUGCAAAUGAUCUUGUUGAGUUCAUUAACCAAAAUAGAACUGCUCAAAAACUUCCACAACUAAGUGACAGCCCAGGACUUGGGUGCAUGGCCCUCCAGUAUGUUGAAUUAUGCAAGGGAAACUGCAGUGGCAACAGCGCUGUAAACUGCAAACCACCAGAUGAUGACUUCACUGAAGUUUUUGCUCCUAAUUGUGGAGUGGAGCUGCCCACUAUUGGCACCAUUACUGGCCACAUUGUGGGUUGUCAAUCCAAAUAUACAGAGCCAUCACUAGCUUUUUCAAACGUUCUUGUUAAAGACCGGAAGACCUUAUCUCUUCUGAGAAAUAAAUCGCAUAGUGCGGUGGGAGUUGGUUUGGUUGGGUUCCAUAAAGGUCCCUUCUUUUGGUGUGUUCUAUUUAGUAAUGGUCGGACAAAUUCUACGUUUGUUCUUGAAGAUCGCGGUCAAGGGAUUAAGCAGAAGAAAGGAUGUUAUAGUGGAAGUUCAUUUCCUUGCAAUGCUGGACAGAGAAAUGCCAUGUUUUUAAACUAUAUUAUUACUAUAAGUUAUUUAUUUGUUUCUCUGUUAAACCACUUUUGAUUCAUAUCAUAAAUUUCUUGCUUAAUGAGACGAUGCCUGGAGAUAUUGUAACAAAAAACUAUCCUUAAGAAUGUAAUUUUCCCAUAUUUAUUCCCACUUUCCUCUUUUCUUUAGUGUAUACGUACUGCCUGAGAUCUUGAAUGAAUUUUUGAUAUUGCAACAGCCUGUUGUUUUGCUUUAAUGAAUUAGGGUUCUGGGCUGGGUUGGACUCAACACUUAUGUCUUGGGCCUCUCAGGAACUUCAUUUCAAACCCUCAAUUGACAAACAAAAUUGAAAUUUCAGUAAAAUUACAAACACGAGUUGAACUUAAUUUCUUUUUGAAGGUAGUAGAUGGAGGUUAAAAACAAAGAACAAACACGUACAAAACUACUUAAU